AUGUCAAUCAAAAUAUUAUCUGGAAAAGUAUUUUUAGUAAUAACUGGUGCAAGUCGUGGAAUUGGAAAACAACUUGCAAUUUCAUUUGGUUCAGUUUUAGAAGAAGGUUCACAUAUUCUUCUAUUAGCAACAAAUCUGAAUGCUUUAAAAGAAACAGCAAAAAAUAUUCCAUCAAGUAUAUUUGUUGAUACUGUUAGUAUUGAUUUAGCUAAAGCAACAAAAGAUAAAUUGCAUGAUAUUAUUAUACAAUCUUUGAAAAAUGAGAUUUUGGAUCAGUUUGAUCGUAUAGUUGUAAUACACAAUGUUGGUUCAAUAGGAAAUAUUAAUCAAUAUACAAAUGAUUUAACAGAAUUAAAUGUUUGGCAUGAUUAUUAUGAUUUAAAUGUGUUUGUUCCUGCUAUAUUAAAUGGAGUUAUUAUGAAAAUAUUUAAUGAAAAUACAAAUACUAAAAAGCUGGUUAUAAACAUUACAUCAUUGCUUGGUAUAAAACCAGAAAAAUCAAUGGCCUAUUAUUGUAGUGGAAAAGCAGCCCGAGAAAUGUUUUUUAAAGUAUUUGCAUUAGAAAAUCCACAAGUGAACGUAUUAAAUUAUUCACCAGGACCAGUUGAAACUGAUAUGUACUAUGAAGUUUGCACCAAAAUAGCUGAUGAAAAUGUUAAAACACGAUUUAAUGAUUUGAUAACAAAAAAAACAAUUCUAACUUGUGAAAAAACAGUUAAUCGUCUUUUAACAAUUCUUGAAGAACAAAAAUAUAAAUCUGGUGAUCAUGUUGAUUAUUAUGAUGAAUUAUAAAUUAUAUAGAUUUAUCAAUAGAAAUAAUUUACUUUUUAUUAUCUUUUAUGAAUUUCAUAAAGAAAUAAAUUUCUAAUAAAAUUUAAAUAGAA